AGACAGUUGUGUGCCAACAGAGCUACUGCGAGGUUGUGAGAAUGAAAUCUUUGUGUGCUGUGCUCCUGCUCAUGGGAUUUAGCAGCCAGUGCUGGCUGACCCAAGCGAAUGACAACAAGAAAGUGUCCUGCAAGGAUGAGCAAGGCAACGAUGUGGAUUGGUGGCACUUGUACAAGCUGCCCAAACACUAUCAACAAAAUGAUCUUGGCAAGGAUGUGAGUGGCCUGAGAUAUCUCUAUGUGACCAGCAACAGCUACGACAGCUGGCAGUUGUCGGGUAAGCGGGUGAGCGAUGCCGACUCCCUGCCCGCACAGACCAUCAAUGCGUUGAACGCAGAUCCCAAGCACAUUCUGCUCGCUGCCUACAACGACGAGUGGCCCAAUGGCACGGUGUUCAGCACGGGCGGCCACACCAAGGGCCUCGUGGGCAGUGAUGGGCAGACGGGCGUGUGGCUGGUGCAUUCGGUGCCCAAAUUUCCCACUCUACCGGACUACGCGUAUCCCACAACGGGUGAGCAGUAUGCCCAGAGCAUGCUCUGCAUCACGGUGAAGGCCGAGGAUCUGGAGAAGGUGGGCCAAGCGUUGGUCUACAAUGAGCCACAUUUCUACUACGAAAGGAAUCCGCUGCUGCAGCGCUCAGAUCUUCUGUUCCCCAGCUUGGAGCGUGCCAUGCACGGGCAGUGGCGCACGGAGUCGCCCUACCAGACGGACCUCGAGCUGCGCUCCUUGGGCUGCAAGAAGUUUCGAGUCUUUGGCAAAAGUGGACGCGCCAAUGUGGAGCUCUAUGCGGAUGUGGUGGCCCCUGCCCUCGAUGUCAGCCUCUUUGUGGAGGCGUGGCGUGAUGGCGCUGGAAAUCUGGCCAAUCGCUGCGACAGCUCCGACAAGGUCUUCAAUGUGGAAUCGGUCGCGGAUCUGGAGCUCUCUGUGAACUUUAAGACCACCCAAGAUCACUCCAAGUGGGCCGUGUCCCGCCCCACGGGCAUUUUGCUCUAUCACUGGCGUGUCGGCGGUGGCGAUUGGAUCUGUGUGGGGGACAUUAACCGACAGCAGGCACAACUGGGACGUGGCGGGGGUACGCUCUGCCACAAGAGCUCGAGGGUGUCGAAUUUGUAUAGGAAUUUGGUGGCCAAUUAUGACAAGUGUGCUGAGGAGUAGUUGGAGAACUUCGAAGUACAAGAA